AUGGUUGCCCUCUCACUGAAGAUCAGCAUUGGCAAUGUGGUGAAGACAGUGCAGUUUGAGCCCUCCACCAUGGUGUACGAUGCCUGCUGGAUGAUCCACGAACGGGUGCCUGAGGCCCAGAUGGGACAGCCCAAUGAUUUUGGGCUGUUCCUCUUGGAUGAAGACACAAAGAAAGGGAUCUGGCUGGAGACUGGGAAGACUCUGGAAUACUACAUGCUUCGCAAUGGAGACACCAUGGAGUACAAGAAGAAGCAGCGGCCCCUGAAGAUCUGCAUGCUGGAUGGGACAGUGAAAACAGUGAUGGUGGAUGACUCCAAAACAGUCAUGGACAUGCUCAUGACAAUCUGUGCCCGGAUCGGCAUCACCAACUAUGAUGAGUACUCACUUGUUCGGGAGAUUAUGGAAGAGAAGAAGGAGGAGGUUACCGGCACCCUCAAGAAGGACAAGACCCUGCUGCGAGAUGAGAAGAUGGAGAAGCUCAAGCAGAAGUUGCACACGGAUGACGAGUUGAAUUGGCUGGACCAUGGCUGGACCCUGCGUGAGUACAGCCCCCUGGAGCACCUCUCUCUGCUGCCCCGUGCCAGCCCCCUGUCAGGGCUGGUGGCUGAGAGUUUUGGCUGGGAGCCACCACAAAGGGCACUUCAGGAUGCCCAGUUAUCUCCUGGGAGAGAUUUUCUGGGUCCUGCCUGGUGUGGAGGGGAGUGGUGGCAGGGCUGCGUGGCUGCCCAGCCCACAGCGGUGUCUCUUCUUCCCACACAGGCUCGUGAUGACAUCCUUAAUGGUUCCCACCCUGUCUCCUUUGACAAAGCCUGCAAGUUUGCCAGCUACCAGUGCCAGAUCAG